AUAUUGCAUGCAUGCAAUAUGAUACGAGAGUUGUACCCUACAAUUUUUCUGGGAAAGGAACUUGUCUUUGUUUUUUUUUUUUUUUUAAAUCCAAAAGGAUGCUAUCUCCUGUGUUGACUUUGGGAACGUGUGUAUGGACUUCUGGACUGGAUUUAGGUUUUAUUCUUUGUUUUAUUGUAUUAGGCCGAGAGACUUAUUUAUUAAAAAAAGCUGUAGACGUGCGCUUAUUUUCGGAACAAAUAAAAUGAAGAAAAACAAAAAAGCCGUCGUCCAGUAACAGUUACUGGCAUUUGGUAAUCAAAUCCAACGGUGCAACUAGAGCAAGAAAUUCGUUAGCAAUUGACCAUGUCCAAAAGGGCCAGGUGAGCAACGGACCACUCCUUCGGUUUCAGAGGCCGAAAUGCAAGCAUAUUCCCUCGCCUUUUCUCUGUUGAAAGUUCAAGCCUCAAACUUCACUGUUCCUAACUUUUCAUACAGAAAGGGAACAAAUCCAAAUUCUGAAAAGAAAACUAUUCAAUUUUCUAAGCCAACGUUGUACCUGUUCUCCUCUGCUUUCAUUGGAUCUCAUACUUCCCAUGUCUGUGUGAUUUCUUCACUAAGGUUCAGGAAAUUGUGUAAUUGAUAAAAUAAUAAUGAUGGAGAGGGCAGAGUCGGGGCAGAAGCUAUAUACACGUAUGCGUCUCUGGGAAUUUCCAGAUGAGUAUGUGAUUGAACCUACCGAUGGAUCUUCUAGUUCUCCUUUGGCUGUUAGUCGGGUUGAUGGUUCCAUGAAACUCAUUGAUGGAGUUCCAGAAUGCAGCGCUCUUCGUGUUCCGAAAAUUAAGACUAUUUUUGGUGUAGUUGGGAUGCUUAAGCUUGUAGCAGGUUCAUACCUAGUAGUUAUAUCAGAAGGGGAAUCUGUUGGAUCGUAUUUGGGACAUCCUAUCUUUAAAAUUUCGUCAUUGAAGAUUUUGCCUUGCGAUCAUUCUCUUAAAGAUUCCUCUGUGGAACAGAAAAAGGUAGAGACUGAAUUCUCUGGGCUGCUUAGAGUUGCUGAGCGGACUUCGGGUCUUUAUUUCUCAUAUCACACCAAUUUAACGCUGAGUGCACAACGGUUGCAUGAUUUGGGUGAUGAAUCUAAAUUACUUCCUCUCUGGAGACAGGCAGAACCCAGGUUUCUAUGGAACAACUAUAUGUUGGAAGCUCUCAUAGAUAAUAAGCUUGAUCCCUACCUGCUACCUGUUGUCCAAGGGAGCUUUCAGAACUUUCAAGCAGCCAUUGGAAAAGAUAUAGUUGAAGUUACUUUGAUCGCUAGGAGAUGCACGAGGAGAAAUGGCACUCGCAUGUGGAGAAGAGGAGCUGAUCCUGAUGGGUAUGUUGCUAAUUUUGUGGAAUCUGAACAAAUUGUACAUAUGAAUGGAUUUACAACAUCAUUUGUGCAGGUUCGGGGUUCAAUGCCAUUUAUUUGGGAGCAGAUUGUCGACUUGACAUACAAGCCUAAGUUCGAGAUUGUCAAACCUGAGGACGCAUCUCAAGUAGCAGAGCGGCAUUUUCUUGAUCUGAGAAAAAAAUAUGGAGCUGUGAUAGCAGUAGACCUUGUUAAUGAGCAUGGAGGUGAAGGACGCUUGAGUGAAAAAUUUGCUAAGGCAACACAGCACAUCAUUAGUGAUGAUGUAAGAUAUCUGCACUUCGAUUUUCAUAAAAUCUGUGGGCAUAUUCACUUUGAGCGCCUUUCUAUCCUUUAUGACCAAAUUGCAGAAUUCCUUGACAAAAGCGGGUACCUUUUGUUGAAUGAAAAGGGUGAGAAAAUAAAGGAGCAAAUUGGGGUUGUAAGGACCAAUUGUAUUGAUUGCUUAGACCGUACAAAUGUUACUCAGAGCAUGAUUGGUCGAAGAAUGUUAGAAAUCCAACUUAGAAGGAUUGGUGUUUUUAGUGCAGAAGAAACAAUUAGUUCGCAUCCAAAUUUUGAUGACAGCUUUAAAAUAUUGUGGGCCAAUCAUGGGGAUGACAUAAGCAUCCAGUAUUCUGGAACUCCUGCUUUAAAAGGAGAUUUUGUAAGAUGUGGCCAGCGGACAGCGCAAGGGAUCCUUAAAGACGGUUGGAAUGCACUUGCCCGCUAUUAUUUCAACAACUUCUCUGAUGGUGUAAAACAGGAUGCAAUUGAUCUCUUACAUGGACAUUACAUCGUUUCUGUAAACCGAGAUAUGACCCCUCCAUCUCAAACAGGAGGCCUUGAGAAUAUAGCUUCAUUUCCGCUGGCUUUAUCAUUGGUCAUGACUGGGUUCUUUCUUUCCAUGAUGUCACUCUGCAGAGUUCCAUAUGAUCUCAGGCACUUAUUCUUCUUGCUUAUAUGGGCAAGCCUUACUGCUGCUAUUGCAGCAUUUGUGAAAGCCAAUGGACGGAUUUUCUGCAAUCGGCCGCGUCUGCAUAAACCAAGGCGUUGAUAUGGGUUCAGAAUGUUCUCUCAUAUAUGACUUCCCUGUGAAAUUCUUAGGACGAUGCUUAUUUUUUAUUCUUUAAUCAGCCUACGUAGCUUUGAUACGUGAUGAAUUCAUGCAUUUGUUGGCCUGAAUGGCAAUUUCAUUUUUGUUGUAUUUCAAUUUUUUUAAUCAUGUAUAAUUGGGUUUUCUUUACGCGUUGUUCAAGCUCAAAAUGUUUAGGUGGUAGGGUUACAGGAAUUGUUUACAGCUUGAACAUUUUUGUAUCAAACCUACAACGCCCAAAAUUGAUAUAGUUGCUUUCUAUA